CAGCCCAUACACUGCCGUCACGAAUCCAAAGGAUUGAAGGGUACAAGGCGCUGGCGGGGCUCUUUUCAACACAAACAAGGAAGAGAUAUCACGUGCACUGGUUACAGUGGAAAUCAUUCGGUCAGUUCAUCGUUGGCUCUUGGUUGCUGUGUCCAGGAAGACGACAUUAUACGGCGUUCAAGCAGUGCCACAUGGUUCUGCUUCGGCACAUAUCCAUCGCCCUCACCGCAGCGGUGGCUGCCUUCGGGUCCGCGCUGUUUAUCGCCUUGAAUUAUUUCUACAGAAGGCGAAUAUGGUCUCCCGAAGCGGAAUAUUACAUGAUAAAAGAGGAGCACGAGGAGCGUGGAAAGCGCCAGGUGCUUGUCCUUGGCCUAGACGGUGCUGGGAAGAGCAGUAUCCUGCAGGGGCUGACAGCUGGAGACGGGGGCAAGAGAGGGCACUGCCGCCCCACCAGGGGCUUCAACUUUAUGAGCCUCAGUGCCCCUGCCUGUCAGCUGGAUUUCCUUGAGAUUGGAGGGGGUGCGGAUUUGCGUACGUACUGGACCGAGUACCUGAGGAAGACGCAUGUCCUGGUGUACGUGGUUGACUCCUCUGACAGAAAACGUCUCCCACAGGCCAAGGCUGAGCUGCAUCGCCUACUCAGACUGGAUUCACAACUUCCUGUGGUGGUCCUGGGAAACAAACAGGACAAGCACAACGCCAUGAGUGUGUCGGAGCUCCAUGAGGCCCUGUCUCUGGGGGCGGUGGCUGACGAUAGGAGGUUGUUCCUCCUGGCUGCCCAGCUGGGCUCAGACGGCCUGAUUGUCUCCCGCAAUCUGCAGGCCUUCCAAGACCUGAUCCUACAGCUCGUUUGAUUCCCUAGGACAGGAUGAGUUGAACUGGGGGUUGACCAUGCAGGUGGGAUGGGGAGAGGCCCAUGGGUGAGCCCGUGUGUAAGUACAAGUAGCAAUGACUGCGUGUGAAUACUUAUGAACUAGAGAAGAUCCUUCAGGGCCCUCUGGGAGUCAGGGACUUCAUUAAAUCACUUAAAUAGUAACAAUAUACACAAAGUAUACCAAACAUUAGGAACACCAUCAACAUGGCAAACUUGAGCGUGAAAAAACCCAAUGUUGCAGUUCUUGACACUCAAACCGGUGCGUCUGGUACCUACUACUAUACUCCAUUCAAAAGGCACUUAAAUAUUUUGUCUUGCCCAUUCAUCCUCUGAUUGGCACACAUACACAAUCUGUCUCAAGGCUUAAAAAUCAUUAAUCCCGUCUCCUUCCCUGCAUCUACACUGAAGUGGAUUUAACAGGUGACAGUCUGUCAUGGAAAAAGGUUUUCUUAAUGGUUUGUAUACUCAGUGUAGAUCAUGCAUCUAGCUACAAAUCAUGAAGCUUGUUACAUUUAUUGUAGCAUAAGUGUCAAUACAAUACAGCUUCAAUGCUCCUUAUUGUGGCAAUGUCAUGUCAGCUAGUCUCAAUUCAGUCAAUCACAAAAUGGCAUUUUAUCCUCUUUAAAUGAGUCAUUUGAUUGUGUUACAUUUCAUUGUAGGUAAGAUGCAGUCAAGUCCAUGUUAAUAGGUGUAAACUGAGUGCAGUUUUUAAGAUGACUUGUUCUGAGAAAUUCAUGCUCUACGUUGGAAUUUUUUUUAAUGUGCAUGUUUUCACUUAUAGGAAGCAGUUUUGUAGCCCGCUUUUAUUCAAAACAUACCUUUUAAUCUUAUCUUAAACCUUAUCAAUGACCAGUAAUUCCAUGUUUCUACUGCAGUGGCACCACCUGAUGUUUCGUUUGACUGUUAAACUGAAAUGUGAUUGUUAAAAUUAUAACGUUACCCACAAUUUAAAGAAAUCAGGCCCUUUAAGGACCCAGUUGGGGGAAGGACAAUUUUCCUUGCCAUCUCUGACCCAUCAAAUCAAUACAUAAACUACUAAGGAGGAAACAAAUCUUUAGGUAGGCUUAUAUAUCCUUGUAUUGUGGUUAAACAGGAAGCCGUUUUGCUGAGCAGUCCUUAUCUGACAUGUAGAAUUGACUUUGCGGACUUGUUUUUUUUCCAACUCGGUGCCAAUGUAGGUUAGUUUGAAUACAACCUGCUCAGUUUAGCAGAUACAGUAACGUAAUAGUGGCAAUAGUAUGUACUCAGUGUGGUAUUCCAGAUGCUUUAAUAGUCAUCAAUUAAGCACUUGGUUGCUCCCCGAAAUGAGAUUGUAAAUAAUUGACGAGAACAGAUAGGACUAGCAUACUGAAAUAGGUCAGCUAAUGUGUUGGUAUUUUCACUACAAGCCAACUCCAGACAUCUGAAUGCAGUUUCCCGACCGCCUUGAUAAAACACUAUUUUAAAAAGGUUCUUAACUGCAAUGCUCAGGGUUAUUGGUCAGCCUAAUGGAAUAUCAUGUCCAACAUCUCACCAAAUUUAUCCAAUGUACCAAGUGCUAGAUUGGAGACAUUUCCCAUUUGUUGAAAACAUAGUUUUCCGAGACAGUAAAUCUAGUCACUAUACAAAAUACUGUACACCGUAUAAUCUUGUGAAUGUGAUAUUUCCAACUUGUCUAUUCAAACCUGAUGUGCACAAACAUAUUUAGAUGAGGAAAACCCCUCCUUGAUAGGGAUGGGCAUAUGACAUUAAUACACUAUAUGAAUAAUCCUGCAUUUUUUUCCCAGAUCUCCAGAUUGUCAAUUCCCCUCACCCCAAAAAGUUGCUCUUGAAUCUCUGGACCAAUCAGAAUGAAGCAAAUUCAGGUACCACAACAGCUGGCAGUGGUCAGUUGUUUUUUGGCUAGCAGUCAGCAACAGUGAAAUACAGUGGGGCAAAAAAAGUAUUUAGUCAGCCACCAGUUGUGCAAGUUCUCCCACUUAAAAAAAGAUGAGGCCUGUAAUUUAUCAUAGGUACACUUCAACUAUGACAGACAAAAUGAGAAGAAAACAAAUCCAGAAAAUCACAUUGUAGGAUUUUUUUAUGAAUUUAUUUGCAAAUUAUGGUGGAAAAUAAGUAUUUGGUCACCUACAAACAAGCAAGAUUUCUGGCUCUCACAGGUCUGUAACAACUUCUUUAAGAGGCUCCUCU